AAGCAAGUCAUCUGCUACUACUGUAAUAAACCUGGGCACGUGGUUAAGGACUGCAGGCAGCUUAAGGCGCUGAAGCACCGCCACAGUACGUUGAAGUUGGCUGCUCCAGCUAAUCGCAGCCCCAUUAAGAGUGAAUACGUAACCGGACGUAGAACGCCGCUCAUCUGCUACUACUGUAAUAAACCUGGGCACGUGGUUAAGGACUGCAGGCAGCUUAAGGCGCUGAAGCAGUCGUCAAAUUCUGGCUACAAGGGUGGCUACAGCAACAGUGGUAACGGAGCCUUCACGUCUGUCGGCGGUUCGACGUUCGGCGCUUCUACUUCUGGUUAUGGUAGCCGGGGGCCGGCUAACAACAGCUCGGGACAUAGUCGGAAGCAAGUCAUCUGCUACUACUGUAAUAAACCUGGGCACGUGGUUAAGGACUGCAGGCAGCUUAAGGCG